CUCCUAUCUAUUCUCUUUGAAAAUUUUGCUUUGAUCUGCAGAAAAUAAGAUGCUUCGAUUCGAUUAAUUGCUACUUGGAUGUCAAUGUUCUGGAUAAUCUGGCGGUGAUUUUGAUAAGUAUUCUAAAUGUUUGCCUCAUUCGCUGGUUUAGGUGAUUUUUUUUUGGCUUGUUUUACGAUGGAAAUGGAGAUGAUUAUUGGUUUUUCCUCAACAUUGGGAUUGUGAAUAGUUAGACAAGUUUCUGCAGGGAUCUUGGGCGGUUUAUGGUUCAGAGGAGGUGUUUCUCUGAACGUGUUGGUUCUUCAGUAGAAGGGUUAGCUAAUUGGUGUUACAAUUCUUAUGGGUAUUUUCAAAAUUGGUUCAUGAAUUCGCUGAAUGUUCUUUUAUAUUUUCGAAUUUGCACUACAUCAUACAGCUUGGAACUUCAUGACUGCAUUACCAACUGAAAAUGAGCAUGCCGGUUACCUAGAUAUUGGCAUCUGCGGUAGACAAGUUUUAUUUUUCAUGAUCUCAACCUCCUGCUACAAAAUUUUACAUUUUUGAAUCUAUCUGUUUGAGAAUAGAGAAGAAUCCAAUAAAGGAACCCCCGGUAUUUGGAAAUGGGAGAGAAAGCAAAAGCAGAACCAGAGAUGAUGAUCGAAGACGGGUUUGCAGAUUGCUCUACAAUUGAUCCUGGAAGAGCGCGGUUCCCAUGCUGCAUCGUGUGGACACCUCUUCCCUUUAUUUCAUGGUUGAUUCCCUUCAUAGGCCAUGUUGGCAUUUGCAGAGAAGACGGUGUCAUCCUUGAUUUUGCCGGGCCGAAUUUCGUCUGCGUGGAUAAUUUUGCUUUUGGAGCCGUCGCUCGCUAUAUCCAAUUAAAAAAGGAAAAGGAAUCUUCUAUUUCUUCCAAAUCUUGUAUAUUCAAUGGGAAGAGCAAAUACGAGGAAGAUGCUAAUGUAUUUGAAGAACUGACAUGGGAUGAUGCAUUGAGAAAAGGCACACAGGAAUACCAGCACAGAUCGUACAACCUAUUCACAUGCAACUGUCAUUCAUUCGUAGCCAACAAUCUGAACCGAUUGGGCGUUGGGUCUGGCGGAUGGAACAUGGUAAACCUUGCAGCUUUUGUGUUCUUCAAGGGGCAGUGGGUGAGCAAAGCGUCCAUGGCAAGGUCCUUCUUGCCGUGUGUGAUAGUCUACGGUCUAGCCUUUGCACUGGGUUCUUGGAACUUCAUAGCUUACUGUACUAUUUUUGGGGUUUUGCUGGUGGGAUGGUUCGUCCUUGGCACGUAUUGUUUCAAGAACUUGAUGCAGUUAUAAUAAGAUUUUAUGAGGGGAAGUGUUGUUUGAGAUUGGGGGCACUUGAUGUGUAUGAUAUGUACCGGCCAUAUGUGGUUGGAUACUAUACUUACAUGGGAUGAAGAUGGAAUGGUCUUUGUGGGAAUGUGAAUUAUCAGUUUGCUUG